AUGGCCGCAGCGCCCCCGCCGAUGCCGGCCAAGGAGGAGGCUCGCCCCCCGCCCGAGGGGGCCAGCUGUGAGCCCGGCGCCGCCGCCGCCGCCCCCCCCGGCUCUCCGUGCCGCCCCCCGCCCGCGGAGCCGCUGGACGCGCGCAUCGUGAUGGGCGAGGAGACGCGCAGCGCGCCGCCCGAGCCGCGGGGCGCGCCCCCCGUGCCUUGCCCCUUCCCCGCGCCCCCCAAGGAGCCGCCCCCGGGCCGCCCCCCCGCGCUCGACCCCGAGCUCUUCUUCACGGCGCCCUCGACGCCGGUGCGGGCGGGGGGGCCGCGGCCGGGCCCGCCCGAGGAGCCGACGGACGCGGACAGCGAGGGGCUCUGCUCGCCCCCCACGUCCCCCUCGGGCUCCUACAUGACGGCCGAGGGCGGCAGCUGGGGCUCCUCGGGCACCGCCAGCACCUCCCCGUCCUGCUCCCCCAACCUGGCGGCCGAGGCCGAAGGCCUGGGGGAGGCCGAGGGCGAGGCCGAAGGGCUGGGGGGGGCCCUGGGGCUGCCCCUCGGCCUGGGGGACCCCCCGGCCUUCCCCCCGCUGUCCCCCGAGGAGGAGGAUGACGAUGAGGACGAUGAUGACGAGGACGGGCCCUUCGCGCCGCCGGGCUGUGCGGAUGACGAGGAUGAGGAUGACGAUGAUGAGGACGGGCAGACGCCGGAGGAGGAGGAUGAGGACGAGGGCUCGGGGCUGAUCCCGGCGGCGCUGCUCCCGUUCCGGGGCAGUCUCCUCUUCCAGGCCGAGGCCGUGGAGAUCUCACCCCGGGCCGCCCCCGAGGAGGAGGAGGAGGAGGAUGAAGGCAGCACCUCGGCGUCCUUCCUGCGCUCGCUGUCCGAGAGCUCCAUCCCCGAGGGCGGGGACGAGGCCUUCGCCUUCCGCGACGACACCGACGCCUCCUCGGACUCGGCCGCCUACGACGGGGACGAGGACGAGCGGCUCUACGGCAGCGAGCGGCACGCGGGGGACGCGGGGACACCGGCGGGGACACCCCCGGGCUCCCCCGCGCCCCCCGGCGUGGAGCUGCACCUGCGGGCCGGGUCCCCGUGCCCCGGCACAGCCCCGGCGCCGCCCGGCGGGGACGCGCAGCUGGACGGCCACGCCCGUGUCCCCGUCACCGCCUUCGUCCCCAUCGCCGCGGCGCGGCCCCCGCCCGAGCCCCCCGAGGGGGCGGCCGCAGCCACAGAAGGUUCUGGAACAGCGCCGGGACCGUGCCCGGAGCUGGCGGGGACCGGCCCUGUGCCCCCGGCCCCGGCGCUCUGUGCCAGGGACCCGCAGAGCCACCAGCCGGGGGACACCAACGGGGACGGGCCUGGCGGUGACAGCGAUGGUGACAACGACCUCGAGCUCAGCACCGGGACAGUGGGGAGCGCCAGUGGGCACAGCGAGCUGGGAUCUGCAGCCACCGCCCUGGGGACAGCAGUGACACCGACCCCUCUGGAUGAGAUGGACGCUGCAGACAAUGACAUGAUGGCACCAGUGACACUGACCCCCCUGGAUGAGAUGGACACUGUGGCCAAUGACCUGGUGGCACCAGUGACACCCAGCCUGGUGGGCACUGACCUGGUGGCACCAGUGACACCCAGCCUGGUGGGCACGGACCUGGUGGCACCAGUGACACCCAGCCUGGUGGACUCGGUGGACACGGACCUGGUGGCACCAGUGACACCAACCCCCCUGGACGAGAUGGACGCUGCAGCCCCCAGCCCGGUGACACCCAGCCCGCCUGACACUGACGUGGGGACACCGGGGACACCAACCCCGCUGGAUGAGAUGGAUGCUGCAGAUGCUGAUGUGGUGACAGCCAGCCUGAUGGACAGCACAGCCCCCAGCCCGCCAGACGAGCAGGACACUGUGGCCACUGACAUGGUGACACCAGGGACACCAGCCCUGCUGGAAAGUGUAGACAGUGAUGAGGUGACAGCCAGCCUGAUGGACAGCACAGCCACCAGCCUGGUGGCACCCAGCCCGUUGGAUGCUGCAGCCCCUGAUGGAGUGGCAUUGGUGACACCAAGCCCACCAGAUGAGCCAGACACUGUGGCCACCAGCUUGGUGACACCAGUAACAGCCAGCCCUCCAGAUGAGCCAGACAGUGUGGCCACCAGCCUGGUGACACCAGUGACACCAAGCCCACCACAUGAGCUGGACAUCACGGCCACUGACCUGGUGACAGAGGUGACACCCAGCCAGCUGGACAAGAUGGAAGCUGUGGACGCUGUCCUAGUGACACCAGUGACACCCACCCUGAAGGAUGCUGUGGCCACUGACUUGGUGACGCCAGUGACACCUACCCUGAUGGCCACUGUGGCCACCAGCCCGGUGACAUCGCCCCCCAUGGAUGAGAGUAAUGCUGCAGCCAUUGACCUGGUGACAUCGGUGACACCACUCCCCAUGGAUGAGAGCAGCACUGUGGCCACCAGCCCGGUGACAUCGGUGACACCUGCCCCGAUGGCCACCACGGGCGCUGCCCCAGUGACCCCAAGCGUGACAGACACCACGGACACCGGAACGGUGACAUCGGUGACACCGAGCCCCCAGGAUGAGACGGCCACCGCGACCACUGAGACGGCCCCCGUGACCCCCGACCUGAAGGACACCGUGACCCCUGACCUGAAGGACACAGUGACCUCUGCUGCAGUGACCCCUGACCUGAAGGACACCGUGACCCCUGACCUGAAGGACACCGUGACCCCUGCUGCCGUGACCCCCAGCCCGAUGGACGCUGUGGCCGCCACCCCGGUGCCCCCCAGCCCCCCGGGCGCUGUCCCUGCCCCGUGUCCCCCUGCCCGGGCCGUGUCCCCCGUGGCGCUGGCAGCCCGGGAGUCCCCCGCUGUCCCCGCGUGUCCCCUGGCACGGGCGCCGCUGUCGCAGCCCCCCGGGGACAUCCCUGAGGAGCGGGGGGACGCGGCCGCCGCCCGUGCCCAGGGUUUGUCCCGCACCGGCUCUGUCGCCGUCCCCGCGGGGGGAGAGGCCGCGCCGAGCCCCUCGGAGCCCGAGCAGGAGGAAGAGGAGGAGGAAGCAGAGGAUGAGGAUGCGGAUGCGGCCCCCGCGCCCCCCUCGCCGCAGUUCACGGCCUCGGAGCGGGAGGUGUUCGUGGGGACCCCCCCGGCGCCCCCCGAGCUGCUGCCACCACCCGGUGCCUUUUCGGGGCGCGGGGCCGGCCCGGGGGUCCCCGCCCCGCUCCCGGCGGUGCCGCGGCAGCAGCAGCAGGAGGAGGCGGCGGCCGUGGGGGGGGUCGCCCCCAGCCCCCUCCCCGCUGCGGGGCCGCCCCCUGAGCCCCCCCGCCCUGCGCCCCCCAAACUCAGCCAAGUGCCUCCCCCCAGGGCCCCCCCCGGCCAGGAGCCCCCCCCGGGGCUGCCCCUCUCCAGGAAGCACCUCGAAGCCCCCCAGGCGCCCCCGCAGAAGGAGCCGGAGCCCCGGGGCCGGGCGGGGGUCCCGGGGGCGGGGGCGGCCCGGGCGCCCCCCCGGGGGUCUCUGCAGUCCGAGUCGAGCUCGUCCAGCGAGGCUGAGCCCCCCCGGCCCCCCCCGGCCCCCCAGCGCUGCCAGCCCAACCACCGAGGGUCCGGGAACGAGUCCGAGAGCAACGACGAGUCCAUCCCGGAGCUGGAGGAGCCCGAGGGCUCGGAGCUGCCCCCUGCCCAGCCCCAGGUGCCCCUCGGCCACGGCCUCGGGCCCGGGGAGGAGCCGCUCAGCAAAGCCAAGCAGAGCCGCAGCGAGAAGAAAGCCCGCAAGGCCAUGUCCAAGCUGGGGCUGCGGCAGAUCCACGGCGUCACCCGCAUCACCAUCCGCAAGUCCAAGAACAUCCUGUUCGUCAUCUCCAAGCCCGACGUGUUCAAGAGCCCGGCCUCCGACAUCUACAUCGUCUUUGGGGAGGCCAAGAUCGAGGACCUGUCCCAGCAAGUGCACAAGGCGGCGGCCGAGAAGUUCAAGGUGCCCCUGGAGCACUCGGCGCUGGUGACGGACGCCGCUCCCGCCCUGGCCAUCAAGGAGGAGAGCGAGGAGGAGGAGGAGGUGGAUGAGACAGGCCUGGAGGUGCGGGACAUCGAGCUGGUGAUGGCCCAGGCCAACGUGUCCCGGCCCAAGGCUGUGAGAGCCCUGAGGCACAACAACAACGACAUCGUCAACGCCAUCAUGGAACUGACCAUGUAGCAGCCGGGGGUGUCCUGGCCCCCUGUAGAGAUGCACAGAGCCCCCCCAGACCCUUCCUCCCGCCCCCCAUCCUCCUCCUGGCCCCUGGACUGCUCAAUAAAGGCCUCCUGCACCCCUUGGAUCGCA